UCUUAUAACAGCAAUUUUGUUUCACUUCAAUAUAAAUUGCAACCACAACUUUGGAGAAUAUAUAUUAGGCUGCUGCUGUGAAAUUAAACUAAAAUGCCUGAGGCAUCUGCUUCCAGGGAAAUGGCAGGCAAGAACAAAGAUGGAAAGGACAGCGAAUACAUCCAAAAUCUGCGUCUAUACAGGGCUGUGGAUGCUGGCGAUUUUGAAGUUACAGUGAAUUGCCUUGAUGCGAAUCCAACUGCGCUAACCGCCAGCCUUUCAGCGGACGGUGACACAGCUCUUCACAUUGCGGUGCUAGCAGGCCGAGUAAAGAUUGUUGAAGAGCUAGUGAAAAGGAUCAGCGCAGAAGACUUGGGAAUCAAUAACAAGAAUGGUGCCACAGCCCUUAAUUUUGCAGCCACCGGUGGAAUCACAAAGAUUGCUGAGUAUUUAGUGAAGAAGAACCAGGAAUUGCUUCGCAUUCUGAACAAGCACGGCUACAUACCCGUGGUUGUGGCGUCUCUCUACGGCCAUCGAGACAUGGUUCGAUAUCUUUACUAUGAAACUCCCAUGGAGGAGCUCAACCCGCAUGGGAGCAAGAAUGGUGUUAUGCUUCUCACAACAUGCAUUAUUGACGACCUCUACGAUAUUGCUCUGGAUCUGUUGCAAUGCUACCGGCAACUAGUUUUUGAGCAAGAUAACGACGGGGACACGGCAAAGGGUCAAAAAGGUGAUCGAGAACAUGUUAAGGGCUUGUUGUCUAGAUAAAAAGAUAGAGGUGAGAACAGGACAAAUGGGGAUCUAAUAGUCUAGUGAACAAUUUCACAAGGAGAGGAGAGUUUAUGUCAUUCCAGUUUUACAGACAUACAUUUGGCAUUUUUAUUACUUUCAGACACAUUGUUUACUCACGAUUUAUAUAAUUAUUUUAUGACAGAGAUUUUAGAUACGUUUAUUUUAUGAAUUUGAU